CCUGACCACGACGUCGGCGGUGACCUCCUCGUGGCUCAGGGGCUUUUUCGCUCCUCAGUUUCUCCCCCGAGACAGAGUUGGUUAUGCAUCCUGUUUUGAAUAUUGCGGAGCUGCGUCUUCGCAUUUUCCAGGACUGUCCCACAAUUGGCUGUCUGGCGGCACUCACCCAAGUGUGCCAUGACUUCUUUCAUCCGGCCGCAUCGAUUCUCUGGAGAUCCUUGGGAUCACUUGGUCCGCUUUUCCUGAGCCUGCCCACCGCCACAGACUACGCGUCUGGCGUCUGUACACUCCAACAAGAACCGAAUGAGGAAAGCAUCGCAAGACUCCGUCUGUAUGCGAGUUUCGUGCGCACAGUUGAUAUCCGAGUGACUCGGAUACGCGCCGAUCUUCGCGUGCCGACUACUGUCCCCUCUGCACACCUGACUGUCUACAUGGAGGACAUAAAAAGACCGAAGGAUGUCAGAUCAGCGCAUCCGACAACGGAAGUCCUAGACCUCGUGAUUGGGGCUCUCGGCGACGCUUGUCUUCUUCCCAAUCUACGAGAAUUGGCCAUUACUGGUCAUCCGCGACUGGCUCACAUGGCAAAGAUGAUCCACAGUAUAAUUCCAAGGACUGUACCGUGCUUUCAGUACGAGAUUCGUCCGCAGUUCGCGAGCAGUGCGGAUAUCCUCAUCGCUAUCGAAACACAUCUUACCUGCCUCACCACUCUCACCUUAAUCAACCAUGCUGCGCGGCUGCCAUCAGACGUAUUCGAUGGGCUUUCUAAUCUGGAAAUGCUAUCACUUUCUCGACUUGCCGCUGAUUCGGUCACGAGCCUUGCGCGCUUGCCCCGCCUCAGGCGCCUACAGAUCCUUGACCUCACUCCCAGUGACUCUUUCAUCCUCGAAUUGCCGCCGAACUCGUUUUCCAGCCUGCGCGAGCUUGACGUACAGGGACCUAUGUCACUAGUGCAUAACAUCCUCGCGUCGAUGCCCGUUCUGCCGCUGACGACGCUGGAGAUGAAGUGCUACACCGACUCCUCUCCCCGCCUUCUGUGCGAGAGCAUCCGGGAUCACCUCGAUCGCCGCGCUCUUAGGAAAGUCACGCUCGAGGGCCAUGUCCUGGACCCCGAUACGCCCGUCUUCUGUAUCGGCAAUUUGGAUCCCUUGCUGGAGUUCCCAAACCUCACCUUCGUUAUGUUCAGGUCGUACGGGGAUAUAGUCGGACCGCUGAUUGGCGCGGAGCGGCUAGCGCGCGCGUGGCCGCUGCUCGAGCAGCUGUGCAUACAGGGCACCUACAGCCACUCGAUAGCGCCGCUGUGGACGCUACAGGAUCUAUAUGCCUUCGCAACCUUCACACCGCAUCUGCGGCACCUCACCAUCGACUUCGAAGCGACCGACAUGACCGCGCCCUCGUUUCCUCCCCUUCACGUUUCGCAGACGCAGCUCACGCACCUCGAGAUCCUCUGCUUCUCGCCCAUCGGCGACCCGGAUACCGUGGCGUCGAUCCUAUCAAGUGCAUUCCCUUCGCUGCAUACUGUAAUGCUAUCGGAGCUUAGGGUCAUGUUCUACGACCUCUCGUACGAGAUGGAGCGAUACAACCAGAAGUGGGAACGGGUAGCGAAGUUGCUGUCCGGGUCGGCGCCCGUCAGACGCUAGCUUCGGAGUCUCAACCUACCAUGGGUAACUGUAGCUCAGGCUCGUGUAUUUUCAUCUCGAUGAGAAAACAGAGUCUGACGCUCGGACAAAGGAUAAGGACACCUCGCUAUCGAGGUCUGUUGCUUGCUAAGGUGGCAAUUUACGGAUGUCAUCCUCCUGAUCGCAAUGCAUCGCAAGAAU